AUGACAGAAAACACCAAGCCAAGGCCACCUACGAGUAAGCCACCAGGCCUGACUCAUUUCCUGUGCUUGCCUCUGGUAAACUCUGCAUCCAUAUCACAGUUAGAAAAUUCCAUUUCAGCAUUCAAAAGAGUGCACCAGUCAAGUCAUGGAUCACCUGAGGCCAGUGGCCAAACGAACCCAACUCGCCUAGGCCUUCCCGCCACGGCUUUUCGACCGCUGGGGACACUCCAUAUUACGCUCGGAGUGAUGAGUCUCACGAGAGAGCGUCUUGAACAGGCAUCUGCUUUUCUACAGUCUCUCGACUUGGCAGAUCUAAUGCGUGAAGCUCAGAGAGUGGCCACUCGUUCACACCACCGAAACAAGCCACAGCAACAUCCGUCACAUAUCUCACAGACGUCCACAUCAGACGCACCAUUGAACAUUUCGUUGGAGUCAUUACAUGCACUUCCACGGGAUGAUUCAGCAACUAUCUUGCAUGCUUCCCCAGUAGAUCCUACUGGGCGGUUAUAUCCGUUUUGUGUAAUGCUGCGGGAUAAGUUCAUCGAAGCUGGCUUCGUUCAAAACGAAGCUGCGAAGAAUAAACCACAUUCAAGUCAGAAUCGUCAAUUAGGUGCCACACAGAGCUCCAACACUACCUCCUCUCCCAGGGCAUCUCCAAGCCAAAAGGCCUCACCACAGAACCUGGAUCCGUACACAGUCGCCAUUACACGAGAACCAAAGCCGCGACCACUGCUUUUGCAUGCGACUCUGGUCAACACGAUAUAUGUCAAGGGACGAAAGGCAAACCAGGACCAGAAUGCGAAAGGCAAAAGCUCAUCAAAACGUUUCACAUUCGAUGCUCGCAGUGUGGUCUCGCAAUCUCCAGGCAACCGGCCUCCGGUUGUCGCCACUUCCCCUAGGCCGGCACCCAGUCACUCUUACGUCUGGGCGAAAGAUUUUCCAUUAGAUGCUAUAUGCAUUUGUGAAAUGGGUGCCAAAAAGUUACAUACAGGUUCCAACGAUAACCACGGCCUGAACGAGCGUUUGGGCGAGGAAUAUCGAGUCGUUGCGCAACGGAAAUUGGGACACACCCAGCCAUCACACGGUUCCCCUAAACGUCCAAGAUAA